AUGCGCGCAGUCAAUGUUCCACGACGGAACACCGACGAACCGCGCAAUCCACACUACGAGCAAGACAUUGUUCACAUUCUGAAGCACACCAGCUGGAUCCUGAGAUCCAUCGGCAUCUGGCCGACCUUCUUGGAGGAUGGCAACGGGAUCAUUGCGAAACUCCUCAUUGGACUUUGCAAUCUGAUACUGCUUUUCGCGGUGAUACCGUUCUCAUUGUACAUCACGGUCGAGGAGAAGAACAUCACGAUGAAAUUGAAACUCAUUGGACUGUUAAGCUUCUGCGUGGUGUCGCUGAUGAAGUACUGGGCACUCACAGCGUGCAAGCCGAGGUUGAAGCAUUGCGUUGAAGACUUGGAAAAUGAUUGGAAACAGGUAGAACGUGACGAGGACCGCGAACUGAUGCUGAAGUACGGCAACGUCGGUCGAAGGUUGACAAUGCUUUGCCUGGGUUUCAUGUACUCGGGCGGAUUCAUGUACCACACUGUCCUGCAGUUCGUUAGCGGUACGUCCGUCGACGAAAGAAACCGCACCAUCAAGCCGCUGGUUUACCCGACGUACAGCGGGAUGUACAACCCGCAAGAGAGUCCUGUGUACGAAAUGGUGUACACCGUGCACUGCAUGUGCGGCUACGUGAUCUACUCCGUGACGGUGGGCGCCUGUGGAUUGGCAGCGACGUUCGCCUCGCAUAUCUGCGGCCAGAUCGACGUGAUGAUACUCAGACUGAAGAACCUCGUCGAUCUAGAGAACAAGACUGAACGCGAUCAGCGACUGAUACAGAUCGUCGAGCAUCAUAUACGAACGUUAAGAUUCUCAGCAACGGUAGAGACGCUUCUGCAAGAAGUAUGCUUUGUGGAAUUCAUUGGUUCCACUUUUAUGAUAUGUCUCCUCGAAUAUUAUAUUCUAAUGGAUUGGGGUGUCAACGCGUUCGGUGUUGCCACAUAUAUUAUGCUACUGAUGUCUCUCAUGUUCAAUGUAUUUAUACUGUGCUACAUCGGAGACAUUCUGGUGGAGAAGACUGUUAACGUUGGAUUAUCGUGUUUCCUGAUGGAUUGGUACAAGUUCCCCACUGAUACGAUACGCGCCUUAAUCAUGAUCAUUGCUAGGUCGAGUAGCCCAGCGAAAAUCUCCGCCGGUCAGAUAGUUGUUCUAAACCUGUCCACUUUUGGAAGCAUCCUCAAAACGUCACUGGGCUAUCUAAGCUUACUUCGAACAGUUAUAUAA